AUGGUCCGUCUAAGGGAAAUCCCAAGGACGGCCACCUUUGCCUGGUCUCCUGGUGCUGCAUCUCCAUUGAUUGCCACUGGAACUCGGGCGGGUGCUGUCGACGUCGAUUUCUCCAACAAGACUUGCCUUGAGCUUUGGGAUCUUGGCCUGGAUCGCGAAGAUGCCAGCGAGGAGCUACACCCGGUGGCCAAGAUCGAUACCGAUGCUGGUUUCAAUGAUCUAGCAUGGUCCGAUUACGACGAUACCAAGCGCGGUGUUAUUGCGGGUGGUCUUGAGAAUGGUGCAUUGGAUUUGUGGAGCGCUGAUAAGCUUCUUGCAGGAUCGAGUGAUUCUUUGAUGUCGCGAACAACAAAGCACUCGGGUGCCAUCAAGGCCCUUCAAUUCAACCCUAAGCACUCAAACCUCCUGGCCACCGGUGGCGCGAAAGGAGAGCUCUUCCUCUCCGAUCUGAACAACGUCGAUAACCCCUUCCGAUUGGGUAACAAUGCCGCUCGCACAGACGACAUUGAGUGUUUGGACUGGAAUAAGAAGGUCGCUCACAUUUUGGUCACUGGUAGCAGUGCCGGUUUCGUGACUGUAUGGGAUGUUAAGACGAAGAAGGAGAGCCUGACUCUCAACAACAUGGGCCGGAAGGCUGUUAGCGCCGUUGCUUGGGAUCCCGAGAAGCCUACCAAGCUGAUCACUUCAACUCCUCUCGAGUCGGACCCGAUGAUCUAUGUUUGGGAUCUGCGUAACUCGCAUGCUCCCGAGCGGACAUUGAAGGGCCACGAGUCCGGUGUGCUUUCACUUUCUUGGUGCGCCCAUGAUCCGGAUCUCCUCCUCUCUUCCGGCAAGGAUAACCGCAACAUCUGCUGGAACCCGCAAACUGGUGUGGCCUAUGGCGAAUUCCCCGUUGUCACCAACUGGACCUUCCAGACCCGCUGGAACCCGCACAACCCCAACUUCUUCGCUACUGCAUCAUUUGACGGCAAGAUCUCGGUCCAGACUCUCCAGAACACCCGGACCGAUACCUCACAAGCCAUUGAUGACCAGAACCAGGCUCUAGACGGCGAGGACUUCUUCGCCAAGGCCCAGUCCCAGCCUCAAGUCUCCAAGUUCUCACUUCCUAAGCCUCCUCGCUGGCUCGAGCGUCCCUGUGGCGCUUCCUUUGGCUUUGGCGGUCGCGUAGUCUCCAUCGGUGUUUCCGACAGUGGCUCGCGCUCCUCUAAAAUUAAGAUUACGCCGUUCGAAGUCGAUGAGAGUGUCGGCAAUGCGACAGAAAGCUUCGAGGCUGCCUUGAAGGAGGGUGAUCUCCGCAGCCUUUGCGAGACUCGUAUCGCGGGUGCUUCAAAUGAGGAGGAGAAGGCUGACUGGACUGUUAUUGAAGCUUUGCUUUCCGAGAACCCCAGAAAGGGCUUGGUUGAGUACCUGGGCUUCCAGGACCAAUCAGCUGACGAAGCUGCCGAUAGCCUGUCAAAGCUUGGCUUGGGUAAGAAGGACGACGAGGAGACCAACGGCACUGCCGAGAAGAAGGCUGGGGGCAAGAAACAUAAACGUCUUCAAUCUAUGUUUGACGGUACCCCGGAUACCGAUAACUUCCUUUCAGAGCUCGCUGCGUCAAAGGGUGCCCAGACCAACAACCCAUUCCAGAUCUUCAGUGGCUCGGAAACCGAGGCUGAGCAGAAGAUUACCCGAUCUCUGCUCCUUGGAGAAUUCGAGAAGGCUCUCGACGUUGCUCUUCAAGAGGACCGCAUGUCGGAUGCCUUCAUGAUUGCUAUUUGUGGUGGUCAGAAGUGCAUUGCUAAGGCCCAGGAAUACUACUUCUCCAAGCAGACUGGUGGACCUAACUACAUGCGCCUACUUGCUUCAAUUGUGGGCAAGAACCUUUGGGAUGUCGUAUAUAAUGCCGACCUUUCUAAUUGGAAGGAGGUUAUGGCUGCGUUGUGCACUUUUGCUGAUCAGAAGGAUUUCCCUGACCUCUGUGACGCUCUCGGAGACCGUCUUGAGGAGCUUGUCGACAGCAGUGACGACAAGAGCGCUCGCAAGGAUGCCUCAUUCUGCUACCUUGCCGGUUCCAAGCUUGAGAAAGUUGUCGCAAUCUGGGUUGAGGAGUUGCGGGAGAAUGAGCAGAAGGGCAUCGAGAGCGAUGCAGAGAAUUCCAGCUUCUCCAUUCACGUCCGCGCUUUGCAGGGUCUGAUCGAAAAGGUGACUAUUUUCCGCCAGGUCACCAACUUCCAGGAUACCGAGCGGACCAAGGAGUCUGGGUGGCGCCUCAGCAACUUGUACGAGAAGUACGUUGAGUAUGCGGACGUCGUCGCCACGCACGGUCGUCUUCAAGUUGCCCAGAAGUAUCUCGACCUUGUGCCUGAGAAGCAUCCCGAAGCUGAGGUGGCUCGCAACCGCAUCAGACUUGCCACAAGACAGGUUCCGCAAAAGGCACAGGCCGCUGCUGCUGCCACGGCACGAGGCAACUUCAAACCCCUGCCCCAGCAGCCCAAUGUCUACCCGCCACAGCAACCCUUCACACCUGCAGCCCCUGCAGUUGCUGCGCCGCAGAACCCUUACGCUCCUACUCAAUCGCCUGUCAACCCAUAUGCUCCCCCAGCAGCAACGGCACCGUAUGGAGCGCCGCAACAACAGCCGCAGCAGUCGCAGCAGCCACCAGUGAACCCCUACGCACCCCCGGCCGCUGCUCCUGCCAACCCUUAUGCUUCGCUUUCCGGUAGCAGUGGCUACCAGCCUGCCGGGUACCAGCCAGCUCAAGGUGUGAAGCCUGUAUCCUACGCCCCGCAAUCCCAGUUUGGACAGCCAGCGACCACCGGUGUUCCCCCUCCCCCGCGCGCGACUAACCAGUCCCCCGCCAACACCAUCACUACCUACACAACGGCCACCGGACUCCCUGCGUGGAAUGAUCUGCCAGAGGGUUUCACGAAGGCAUCAGUAUCGCGUCGUGGUACUCCUGCUGCCCCAGCUGCUAUCAGCUCCCCUUUCCCCAACCAGUCCCCCCCUCUUGUCCAAGGCCCUCCGAUGGUGCCUGGCCAGCGUGCGCCAUCUGUUCCCCCUCCACCCAAGGCUGGUACUCUUCCGCCUCGCGUGUCCUCGCCCCUGACGUCGAAUGUUGCUCCCUCUCCGCCACCCCCAGUCAACCCAUAUGCAGCUCUGCCCACGUCUCCACCAGUAGGCCACAUGGCCCCCCCUCCUGGAUCAAUUCCUCGGGGUCCCUCGCCUUACAAUGCCCCGCCAAGCAUGCCCCCGCCGUCAAACCGGUACGCACCUAGCCCGGCUGCUCAAGCUGCGAACCCCCAAUUGCAGAACCGCGGGCCGAUGCCUCCUCCCCAGGCUGGCGCAUCGCCGUAUGCACCCGCAGCGGCGGCUCAGGCCCCGCCGCCUAACCCAUAUGCAUCCGUUCCUCCGCCAAACCAAUAUGCAUCUGCUCCUCCGCCAAACCAGUAUGCAUCUGCCCCGCCGCCUCCAGCUGCUGCAGUCCCUCCCCCACCCCGAGCUGCGGUUCCUCCUCCACCUCAAGGUUCUCGACCUGGUACAGCCCAGUCCCAGGCACCCACUCCUCCACCAGCUGCGGCACUCAAGUAUCCCGUUGGAGACCGUUCUCACAUUCCUCCCAACGCCUUGCCCAUCUACGAGAUCCUCAACCCCAAAAUCCAAUACCUUGAGCCUCGUGCCCCGGAGAAGUUCAAGAAGCAGACCCAAAGGUCCGCGAACUGCUUGAACGAGAUCUUUGAUCGUCUGAACAGCGAGACCUUCAAGCCCGAGACUGUGCAGAAGCUAGUCGCUUUGGCGCAAGCGGUUGAGGCGCGCAGAUACGACGUUGCUCUCAAGACCCACAGCGAUUUGCUGGUCAAUAACAAUGACGAGUUUAGCGGCCUGCAGAUUGGUGUGAAGUAUCUGAUUCAGAUGUGCUCAGCCACCUGGCGACCUGAGGAGGCACCCUCCCAGUCCCAGAUUCUUUAG